AUGACUAUCGACGAGCACCCCACCUACAUCGACCUCCCUCCUCCUCGGAUUACACCACAGAGAGGUACACCAGAAGUUGAAUACGAUAGACCGUUAUCACCUUUACAUAUCCCUCCUGGCCGUAUCGAUGGAUUGGAUGCCUUACAAGCCCAAGAAUACAUGAACGAAUGGCGAGGAUCAGGCCAGAGUAGUCCGCUACAUCUACGUAUGGUUUCGCCGGCCGAUGUAGCAUUUUCGGCUAUGCAUUAUCUGCCGUACCCCGUAAUCGUCUUGAAUAGCUACAAAACGGUGGUACUAGCGAACGAAGCCACGGCCAGACUACUCAAUGCCGACGAUGGUGAAAGUGAAGCGAAUGAGGAUAUACAUCCGGCAGAACGAUACAAAGGACAAACUCUCGCUCAAUUGGGUAUCGACAUGAUGAAAGAUCUCAAGCCUGUAUGGGUUAAAUGGGAUGCUUUUCUGGAUAGCCUGGGCGAUGAAAUCAAUGUACAUGCGGAUGCGCAAGAAACUGUGACUUCGGAAUAUGCAGGGGAUGUGACACCAACGGCGGAAAGAAGCGAACCUCGAAGUAGUAUUACGAAUGUUGAGAAGAAAACUUCCAUGGUUCGUGAUGCGGUGGUGGAAGUUGUUAUUACAGCUGGAUCAAUCACAGCAUCAACAUUUGCAAGUCGAACGGCUAAGAAGAUGGCGGAUAGACAUUCUUAUGCCAAGAUGAUCAUUAGUAUUUUCGAGAUUGAAGAAGAAAAAUACUUCAUGUUGACCUUCACAAAUACAGACACGACUGAAUCUUUAUUACCCAGCUUCAAGGGGGUCUCCAGGAAGACAUUCAACUCUAAACUUCAAAUGAGUUCUUAUAUGGGCUCCAUCUCGUCGAUUUCUCUAUCUAGUUCCGGCCAAUCAUCUGCCAGCUCCGAACAUGGAUCCAAUCAUGGAUCCAAUCAUGGAUCAGGUGGAUCAUCUGGCAUUACCAGCCCUACGAAUGCGCCCAUGUCAUUUUCCCCGUUUCCACCUUUUGGUCCUCCUUCGCGCGUUAAUAAAUCAGGAGCCCCGUCAAUAUUACAAAAAGUAAUUGUUUUGAAAGACGCACUGGAUAAUACGGAAGUCCCUAUCCUGGCGAUGUGGAAAGACGAGACUUUGACGGUACCGAAUAAAGCUGCAAGAAGAUUGUUUGCCCGAGACGCCGACAUGUCGAACGUGAAAGACGGGUUUGAUUUAGUUGGGAAAUGGCACUGUUAUAAUCACGAUUUUACAGUAGCUCUAGAUCCGUCGGAAUAUCCCAUAUCUGUUCUAACGAGAACACAAACACCAUUUUCUAGUCGGUUGUUGGGAAUUUAUGAUCCUGAUACUGGGGAUAAGAUCCUGUAUGAUUGCUUAGGAGAAGCCGUUCGAGAUCCAGAUACUGGCGAAUUCUUGGCUGGCAUUGUGACGUGUAGGGAUAUCACAGCUGUGACCCAACAGAUCGCCGAGAUAAAAGCGGCUGGUGACCAGAGAUUUCGGAUUAUUUGUGAUACUAUGCCACAGCUUAUCUGGACAGCUGCUCCCGAUGGAUUACAUGACUGGUUCAGUCAGGGGUGGUAUGACUACACGGGUUUAAGCGUGAAAGAAUCUCUUGGUGAAGGUUGGAAAAUACCGUUUCAUCCAGAAGAUAUGGCCUUGACAAAAAAGCGCUGGCAGCAUUGUCUAGAGACUGGUGAUCCCUAUACCACCGAAUACCGUUGUCGAAAAUACGAUGGUGAAUGGAGAUGGAUGCUUGGUCGAGCUGUUUGCUUGAAGAAUAAAGACACUGGCAAAAUCGAAAAAUGGCUUGGAACAUGCACGGAUAUCCAUGAAGCUGUCAUAUCACGAUUUGAAGCUAAACGACUUCGCCAACAACUAUUGUCCGUCAUAGCACAUGCUCAAGUCACGCUGUUUUCCGUGGACCGAUAUCGAAAAAUCAAUCUCCUCGAAGGUUCUUUCAUAUGGGAUCUUGAGAGUGAUGUGGGAUCUAGCGAUGAGAGUGUUGCCGGUAGUGGGAAAGCCAAGGGAGAUGAUUACAUUGGGAUGAAUGUUUACGAUGUCUUUUCACAUUCCAGUAACCAUAGGAAAAGGCAUGAUAUGAUUCCUUCUUCAUUGCAACCAAUCGAGGAUAUAUUGACUGGAAAGAUAAUGGAAGAUAUGCAAGAACAUACCAUCGACAAUAGAUGGUAUCGAACUAAAUUUGUUCCCGUUCUAGGUAAGAAGGAUGGCGGUGGCCUUGUCAAUGAAGCUUUCGUUGAUGGUGUCAUUGGAUUAUCUAUGGACAUCACCGAGAUCAAGGAUCGAGAAAAUGACAUCCAAAAGCAAGAAAAGGAGAACACGAGACUUCUUGCGAACGAAGCAGCUGCCAAAGAAGCUAGUCGAUUGAAGAGUCAAUUCCUUGCCAACAUGUCCCACGAAAUAAGAACCCCCAUCGCUGGUGUGAUUGGAAUGGCCGAACUUCUCACGGAUAUGAAUCUUGAUGAAGAACAACAAGACUGUGCUGAGAACAUUCAACGUUCUGCCAAUGCACUUCUUACGGUUAUCAACGAUAUUUUGGAUUUCUCAAAGGUUGAAUCUGGUCGCUUGGAUAUUGAGGAGGUACAAUUUUCCUUGUCAGUUGUGGUACGAGAUGUCAGCAAAAUGUUAGGGUUUGCCGCCGAACGAAAGAAUCUAAUGUUCGAAUCUAACAUCACAGUCGGGGUUGAUAAAGAUCUGAUUGUUAUGGGUGAUCCAGGCCGGGUUCGUCAGAUCAUCACAAACCUCCUCACGAAUAGUAUCAAAUUCACUAGCGAAGGAAAAGUCAAGUUUUCGGUCAUCAAAGAAAAAGAAGAUGCAGAUACUAUAGAAGUCAAGUUUGUGGUUGAAGAUACGGGCAUCGGAAUUGAAGACGAUGUUCGAAAACGUUUAUUCAAACCUUUUAGUCAAGCAGAUUCAUCAACAGCCAGGAGAUUUGGCGGUACUGGAUUAGGUCUCACGAUCAGUAAGAAUCUGGUGGACUUGAUGCAUGGUAGAAUUACUCUGGAAUCAUCUCUGGGGCAGGGUACCGUGGCAACUUUCCGGAUUCCUUUUAACAAACCACAAAAUCAUAAUAAAAAUGCGUUGGUUGAUAUUGGAAGUUUACCGGACCGACUACAGUCUGAGAUGAGUGUUUCUUGUAGUAGUUCAGAUCAUGAUAUUUGUUUUUCACAGAAAAAAUCGUUGGACAUGACUAGGCAUCAUAGAUCGGUCAGUAUGACGCCGGAGGUAGACAUGUCACUUGCUGAUAGAGCAAACAUUAAAAUCCUUCUUGUUGAGGACAACGCCAUCAAUCAACAGAUUGCUUUGAAGACAAUUCGCAAAUUAGGCUUUUCUCCUUCCGCAGUCUGGAAUGGAAAAGAAGCUCUUGAUUAUCUCCUCGCCGCAGACUCUCCAAACCCUCCUCAUCCAAAACCAGAUAUCAUACUCAUGGAUGUACAAAUGCCAAUCAUAGACGGAUACCGUGCCACGCACAUACUACGCCACCAUUUCCCCUACAGUCACUCAACGCGUAAUAUUCCCAUCGUAGCCAUGACCGCCUCAGCCAUUCAAGGCGACUGCGAAAAGUGCAAGAAAGCAGGCAUGGAUGAUUAUCUGGCGAAACCUGUUAAGGGGAAAACGCUGGAGAAGAUGUUGGUAAGAUGGGCAAUUAGUAAGAGGGUUCCGAAAUCGGAAAGCGAGAUGGAUGAUGAUGAGGGGAGCGAUUGUGCAGAGGGGGACAACGAGAACUGUGCGAAGAGGAGUGGAAAGUCAAAGUUUGACCGUCGCACCUCAACAAGCACCGCUCGCCGUCAUUCACCGAAAUCCAUAGGCAAGAGCGAAAAAAAUGCACCCAAAUCACCAAUAGAUUCAGCGACAACUAAACCAGCAUCGCAUUCCCAAACAUUCAAACUCGAGACAGACUCAACGUCUAAAUUCGAAGCAGCCUUUGAUCCAAAACGCCCAUCUAAAAUGAAGCGAAACAAUUCCCACCGUCUUACACUACCUCAGGCAGAAGAUGAGGGGGAGAGAGCGGUCCGGAGACAAGUAUUUGAGGAAAAGGCAAAGGAGUUGAGAGAUGAGAAGUUGGUUGGGGCAGCGGGGGAUGAGCAUAGGGCUGGAGUUGUCCAUGGUCUUGGUCAUGGCCUUGGGCUUGGGCUUGGGUGCGAGAGUAUUGAUGUUCAUGGACAUGGAGAUAGGAAAGUAGAGGGUGUUAAUAAGGGAAUUGAGGAGAGAGGAGAAGGCAAAACUCAAAAGUUAACGAUGGAGAAUGUGGGGAGAUUGGAAAGGCAAGAAAAUGAGGAAAUGGAGGUGGCAAAAACACUAGAAAUCGGUGGGAUCGUGAGGAGUGGGGAUACUCUUACGCUUAAUCCGAAGGUUGUUGGAAGGAGGGUGGAGGAGAGGAGUGGGAGUGGGGAUGAGGAGGAUGGAGAUGGGGAUUGUUUGGAGAUAAUAGAGAUGAGCGGGAAUGGAGGUGGAGAUGGAGAUGGAGACGAAGAGGACACAGAGGAGAGAAUGGAGGGCAAGGAUGGUAGUAAUAAUCGUCCGAGUGUGAGGAGGAGGUGGAUGGAUAGUGAGGCGACGGUUACGGUUGAGGCUAUGGGGUCUAUGGAUAGGGAUGGCGAUGGGGAUGUGGAUGGGGGAGUUUUGAGAUAG